AUGGAGACAGUGAGUGAGGAGAGUGUGGUGGAAGGAAUGCACCGAGUGUAUUGUGAGGUCAUCCUCCAAGCUAUUGCUCGUCGUGAAGUGCUCUACUCAUUUGCCCACGACUGUUUUGUGGGGAUAUGCCCUCUGGAUGGGGAUACUCUAUUUGAUUUGGAGGAGUAUACGUCACCCACUGGUUGUCUGUCCAUAGCAGUAGUCAUAGAACUUGUGGCUUUGUCAUCUCUCAUUGGUGAACAAGGGAUUGUCCUGAUUGCCCAGAAAGUGUAUGCUCAUGUGGUGGAUCAGUUCAGAGAGUUGAUGGUAUAUAUCUACGGUGGUAGUCUUGGGGCCUGUAAGAAGACAAUUCGGUCAGCAGUGAUGUUUAUCGCCAUGCAGUCCGGUUAUGAGGUGAUAGAGGAAGCUGCUCUUUCUGCUCUUGUCGAACUGCUGAUUGUCUGUAAUUCUAUUUCUAUCACUAAGGAUAUGUGUGAGCUCACCAAGGAUGCACAUGACCUUUGCGAACACUCCAGUCGAACUCUCCUAGUGCCUCGAGACGUCCAACUGGCCUACACAGAACUGGGAGGGAACAUCGAAGACCUCAUCUCUUAUGGGGAAUGGGCCACAGCUGCUAACGGCAUUCCUCCAAAUGUGAUUUCGGUCACUCCGGAGAGACCUCUAUUGACUGAUAUUGGGGACAAGCAGCCUCUGCCUUCCCACCUCCCAGACCAUGUUAGACCAUUUCCCGAUCCCCACACUUAUUUGAGGACUCCGAGUGUGGCUGGGGAGUUCACCGACGAGCGAAAUCAGCGAAUCAAAUCCACGGAGGACAUUCGCUCUAUUUUUGGUGCUGUGGCCAGACUACGAGCUCAUGAAUCCACGUUUGUCGAACUGGGCAACACUGAUUUCCGCAGUUGUGGAUUGACUAUUACUUUUAGUUUUGUAUCCGAGAGGAGUGCAGUGCUACCUCCAUGGCUGCCACGAUGCAGAGUAUCAAGAUUCUGCUCAACCUCCCCCUUCUGA